GCGCGGGCCGAGCGGUUCCCGCGGCGCUCGGGCUCACCCCUCGCUAACUCCGCCUAUUUAAUCCCGGCUGCUCGCCCGCUCGGCGCGCCUCGCCUUCCUCCCGGCUCCUGCCCGCCCCUGGCGCCCGGGUGGUAGGAAACACUCCUGCCUCUAACUCGACGUGUCCGGAAAGCUCAGGCCAGUUUCCCUUUCGCUCUGCGGCCGCGGCUACCAGCGCGCGGCUCCCUCCGACCCGCGGGCUCAGCCACCCGGGGUGAGGCGCUCGGGGGCCGCGGGCCAGGCGGCGGAGCGCCGGGAGCACCAUGCUGGACCCGUCUUCCAGCGAGGAGGAGUCGGACGAGGGCUUGGAAGAGGAGAGCCGCGAUGUGCUGGUGGCAGCCAGCGGCUCGCAGCGAGCGCCGCCAGCCCCCGCUCGGGAAGGGCGGCGGGACGCGCCGGGGCGCUCGGGCAGCGGCGGCGCGGCCAGACCCGUGAGCCCGAGCCCCUCGGUGCUCAGCGAGGGACGGGAAGAGCCCGAGCGGCAGCUGGACGAGGAGCAGGAGCGGAGGAUCCGCCUGCAGCUCUACGUGUUCGUGGUGCGGUGCAUCGCCUACCCCUUCAACGCCAAGCAACCCACCGACAUGGCCCGGAGGCAGCAGAAGCUUAACAAGCAGCAGUUGCAGUUGCUGAAAGAGAGGUUUCAGGCCUUCCUCAGCGGGGAGACCCAGAUCAUCGCUGAUGAAGCCUUUUGCAAUGCAGUACGCAGUUACUACGAGGUUUUUCUGAAGAGUGAUCGAGUGGCCAGAAUGGUGCAAAGUGGAGGGUGUUCUGCAAACGACUUCAGAGAGGUGUUUAAGAAAAAUAUAGAAAAACGUGUGCGGAGUUUGCCAGAAAUUGAUGGCUUGAGCAAAGAGACAGUAUUGAGCUCCUGGAUCGCCAAGUAUGACGCCAUCUACAGGGGUGAAGAGGACUUGUGCAAACAGCCAAAUAGGAUGGCCCUCAGUGCUGUGUCUGAACUUAUUCUGAGCAAGGAACAACUCUACGAGAUGUUCCAGCAGAUUCUGGGCAUUAAAAAACUCGAGCACCAACUCCUCUAUAAUGCAUGUCAGCUGGAUAAUGCAGACGAACAAGCAGCUCAGAUCAGAAGGGAACUUGAUGGCCGUUUGCAGUUGGCAGAGAAAAUGGCAAAGGAAAGAAAAUUCCCCAGAUUUGUAGCCAAAGAAAUGGAGACAAUGUACAUAGAAGAGCUGCGUUCUUCAGUGAACCUGCUAAUGGCCAAUUUGGAAAGUCUUCCAGUUUCGAGAGGUGGUCCAGAAUUUAAAUUACAGAAAUUAAAACGUUCACAGAAUUCUGCAUUUUUGGACAUGGGAGAUGAGAAUGAGAUUCAGCUGUCCAAGUCCGACGUGGUGCUGUCAUUCACCCUCGAGAUUGUCAUCAUGGAAGUACAAGGUCUGAAAUCAGUCGCUCCCAAUCGAAUUGUUUACUGUACAAUGGAAGUAGAAGGAGGAGAAAAGCUGCAGACAGACCAGGCGGAAGCUUCAAGGCCACAAUGGGGCACUCAAGGAGAUUUCACCACUACCCACCCUCGGCCUGUGGUCAAAGUUAAACUCUUCACGGAGAGCACAGGAGUCCUGGCCCUGGAAGAUAAAGAACUGGGCAGGGUGAUUUUAUAUCCAACUUCAAAUAGCUCCAAGUCAGCUGAUUUGCACCGAAUGAUAGUUCCAAAAAAUAGCCAGGACUCUGACUUGAAAAUUAAACUGGCAGUGAGAAUGGAUAAACCACCUCAUAUGAAACAUAGUGGAUACCUGUAUGCACUUGGACAGAAGGUUUGGAAAAGAUGGAAAAAGCGUUACUUUGUUCUUGUUCAGGUUAGUCAGUACACAUUUGCUAUGUGCAGUUACAGAGAAAAAAAGUCUGAGCCACAAGAAUUAAUGCAACUGGAAGGAUACACUGUGGAUUAUACAGAUCCUCAUCCAGGUCUCCAGGGUGGUCAGGUGUUCUUCAAUGCUGUUAAAGAAGGAGACACUGUAAUAUUUGCCAGUGAUGAUGAGCAGGAUAGAAUAUUAUGGGUUCAGGCCAUGUACAGGGCCACCGGUCAAUCAUAUAAACCCAUUCCUGCAAUUCAGACCCAGAAGCUGAAUCCUAAAGGAGGAUCUCUCCAUGCAGAUGCUCAGCUUUCUGGCAAGGAUGCAGACCGUUUUCAGAAGCAUGGCGUGGAAGAGUUUAUUUCUGCAAAUCCUUGCAAACUUGACCACGCCUUCCUUUUUAGACUACUCCAGAGACAGACUUUGGAUCACAGACUGAAUGAUUCCUAUUCUUGCUUGGGUUGGUUUAGCCCUGGCCAAGUCUUUGUGUUAGAUGAAUACUGUGCCCGUUACGGCGUGAGAGGCUGUCACAGACAUCUCUGCUACCUUACAGAACUGAUGGAACAUUCAGAAAAUGGUGCUGUCAUUGACCCGACCCUACUCCAUUACAGCUUUGCAUUCUGCGCCUCUCACGUGCAUGGCAACAGACCCGAUGGUAUCGGAACUGUUUCAAUUGAAGAAAAAGAGAGAUUUGAAGAAAUAAAAGAGCGACUCUCCUCCCUUUUAGAAAAUCAGAUAAGCCAUUUUAGAUACUGUUUCCCCUUUGGACGACCUGAAGGUGCCCUAAAAGCCACACUUUCAUUACUUGAAAGGGUACUGAUGAAAGAUAUUGCCACUCCCAUACCAGCAGAAGAGGUGAAAAAAGUGGUCAGAAAAUGUCUCGAGAAAGCUGCCUUGAUCAAUUACACCAGACUCACAGAAUAUGCCAAAAUAGAAGGCCCACCAGAGAAGGAAACAGAGACCAUGAACCAAGCAACGCCUGCUAGAAAGCUGGAAGAGGUUCUUCAUUUAGCAGAGCUGUGCAUAGAAGUCUUACAGCAGAAUGAAGAGCAUCAUGCAGAGGCGUUUGCCUGGUGGCCUGAUUUAUUGGCAGAACAUGCAGAGAAAUUCUGGGCUUUGUUCACUGUGGAUAUGGAUACUGCACUGGAGGCCCAGCCACAAGACUCCUGGGAUAGUUUUCCUCUCUUCCAACUGCUUAAUAAUUUCCUCAGAACUGACACACUUUUAUGUAAUGGAAAGUUUCACAAACACUUGCAAGAAAUCUUUGUGCCCUUGGUUGUCCGCUACGUCGAUCUCAUGGAGUCCUCCAUCGCCCAGUCAAUUCACAGAGGUUUUGAGCAAGAAACAUGGCAACCUGUCAAGAAUAUCGCCAACAGUCUUCCCAAUGUAGCUCUUCCAAAAGUUCCAAGUCUGCCUCUUAAUCUUCCACAGAUUCCUAACUUUUCUGCUCCUUCGUGGAUGGCUUCUUUAUAUGAGUCCACCAAUGGCUCAGCAACAUCAGAAGACCUUUUUUGGAAACUUGAUGCACUGCAAAUGUUUGUCUUUGAUCUACACUGGCCAGAACAAGAAUUUGCCCACCACUUAGAGCAAAGACUUAAACUAAUGGCCAGUGAUAUGAUAGAGGCCUGUGUCAAAAGAACAAGAACUGCAUUUGAACUCAAACUGCAAAAGGCAAGCAAAACAACUGACUUGCGCAUUCCAGCUUCUGUGUGUACAAUGUUUAAUGUGCUAGUCGAUGCCAAAAAGCAAAGCACCAAACUCUGUGCCCUGGAUGGAGGACAAGAGCAACAGUACCAUUCAAAAAUAGAUGAUUUGAUUGACAACACUGUAAAAGAAAUCAUUUCACUGCUAGUUUCAAAGUUUGUUUCAGUGUUGGAAGGGGUGCUGUCUAAGCUCUCGCGAUACGAUGAAGGCACGUUCUUUUCAUCCAUCCUUUCCUUCACUGUGAAAGCAGCGGCAAAAUACGUUGACGUUCCAAAACCAGGAAUGGAUCUGGCAGACACCUACAUUAUGUUUGUUCGGCAAAACCAGGAUAUUCUUCGAGAAAAGGUCAAUGAGGAAAUGUAUAUAGAAAAGUUAUUUGAUCAAUGGUACAGCAGUUCCAUGAAAGUCAUUUGUGUGUGGUUGGCUGAUAGAUUAGACCUUCAGCUUCAUAUUUACCAACUGAAGACGCUCAUCAAGAUUGUGAAGAAAACCUAUAGGGACUUCCGCUUGCAGGGUGUGUUGGAAGGCACGCUGAACAGUAAGACCUAUGAUACUCUGCACAGACGUUUGACAGUAGAGGAGGCCACCGCAUCUGUUUCCGAAGGAGGUGGACUUCAGGGCAUCACAAUGAAAGACAGUGAUGAAGAAGAAGAAGGCUGAUAACAAGCAGCCCUGCGGAAGGAAGGAGAAGUGACAUUGGUUACUUUGCACCUUGUCCUUGUAGUUACAUUGACUGUUUGGACAAAAUUAGAAUGCUUGUAUUUCAUUCCACAUUUUAAAAAGUAUAUCAUGGGAAGCAGAGUUAAAGAAGAAAAUGCUAAGUAUUUUUUGAAGAAUAUCAGCUGCUUUGUGUAGUACAGCCUCCAAGGAGCUUUGACUAAAUUUCUGGUUGCAACAUGAACUUUUCCUUUUUAGAAGAUGUGAGGUGUUUCCCUUGCAGUUACAUCCAUGUAUUGUCCUUUGUGUGCAGUGAAGUGUGUAUUCCUCAUAGUAUUACAUUGUGGAAAGAAGCCCCUUCUGAUCACUGCGCAGACUCUACUGUUUCGUGUUAAAAUCAUGUUUACCUGACAGUUUGUCAUUCAUGUGCCAGGGUUGUUCUGUAGUUCAUUUGCCAUUGUUGCAAUGUAUGUAAAACUUUAACCUUGGUUCUUAGUACUCUGAGUUGGUCUACAGGUGUGAAGGAUUGUCAGAUCCAAAUAUAGACGAGAUUAUCCUGUGGGCUUGUGUCUAGUUCUGUUCUGAAUAUUUCUUUCCAGUGUAAAAUAAUCCCCAAAUGUGGGGAGCUAAGUGUUGCUGCCAUCAAUCUACCAUAUCCUCCUACUUCUGUGUGUAACAGCUUGCAGGCAAUAAAAAGUCUAUUUCGUCAUAACCACUUCUGUAUUUAUUAGGCUUGG